UCUGAACUCAUAAUCGCAAGCGCACUCAGACACGGUAAGUUGUUUAUGAUGUUAUGGUUUGAUUCAUAUUUAACGAUAAGAUGUUUGCAUAAAUUGAGAUAAAGGUUCUCUCAUCCUUACAGCAAAGCUGAUUGAACCGGGCGUAUGCAAUUGAAAAAGAUGCCAAAGUCUACCCUUGUUAUCUACAUCUUUCUUGUCGUCAUGUUCAUCAUCUUAUAUCAUCUUCACACAAUGACGAAGUUUUCGCUUAACAUAACGACACCUCAGCAAAUCACGGAACUAGAAAAAUUAUUCAAACUGCGGGAUGAAUUUAGCAUUAUAACUCCUGACAAAACACUUGUAUCAAGAAGUAUUCAAGCUGGUAAUUCUGAUCGCUUCAGACAUGUUCUGAUGAAAGCGCUACGGGGAGAAAACAUCAGCAUGUUGGUGAUCGGAGGCUCUCAUAGCGCGGGAGGAAAACUAGGAAUUGACGAGAACAGCCUGGAUGGAUUGUAUUUCAAAGUAUUUCAGAAAUGGUGGAACGAAACCUUUGGUAGUUUUGCAAAAUCCUUUUUGAAUGUAACUGCGCUGACAAUUGGAGGCACGGGGAGCUCUUUCUACGCAUUUUGCUAUAGAACUUUUAUUCCCGAAGGCACGAGCUUCGAUAUAAUGUUGAUAGAAAUGUCAGCCAAUGAUAAAGGACGAGCAACGGCGAAACCACUGGAACAACUGACGAGACAAGCUCUUUCAUAUCCUUCGGCACCUGUGGUCUUCUACAUAAACGUUGUACAUGAUUUCGGAGUUAAUCCGUAUACUAAAAAGGUGGAAAAUCCAUAUUGUGUUACCCUCGAAGACUUUGGCCAAACAGAACUUGCCCGUCAUUACGACAUUACAUCAUUCAAUUUGAGAGAAAUAAUUUGUAGGAAAGAGAAAGGUCAAUGGAAAGUAAUGCACUCAAGCAUGGCAGGCUCAGAUGGUAAACAUAUUGGAGUCGAGGCGCAUGCUCAGAUUGCUUACAUAAUGACUGAAUAUGUGAAAAACAUUUACCAAGAGAUUGCUAGCAACGUUACGGGUAUAAAUCCGCUUUCUAUCAAUCGUGUCAGAGGCAAUCAGAAAAUUAUCAAUCUUCCAAGCUUAUUUUUUAUAAAGCGGGAAACCGAAGCCUUAAAAGAGCCAUUGUGUUGGACGGGGAAAACGCCGAAUGUAUUUAAGAAGCUUCACCACUCUAAUCUCAAAUUUGAAAUUAAAGAGCAAACUGGCUUUUCGCCAUGUUUCAAACUGUACGGACAAAAAAGGAACGUUAAAAGAGUCGCUAGAGAACUUCGCACUGAUUCCCAAGGGGGGUGGUGUUCCCGGAGACGCUCCAGCGUCCUUAAGCUAAAGAUCUAUGUUCCUCGGAUUGUUGGUGACAAUUCGUUUCGCACUCGGUCGGUGACAGUUUUGACAAGACAUGAAGGUGGCAUUGCUGCAAUAUGGCUAAACAAUUACAAAAACGAAACAAUUGAAACCGAUUCGAUUCGGGUUAGAUCGAAUCGAUACGACACGAUUGCUCGCAAAGUGAAUUCAGGCUACCACACAAUCACAUUUAAAACAUUAUCCAACGAAUUGUUCUUGGUAGCUGGAGUGUUUGUUGGUGCCCCUGACUUUCACAUCUAG